AUGGGCAGCAGACCUGGUUCCAAUUGUGAUGCCAAAGCACUUGAAAAGAUGUUCAAACGUCUUGGCUUUACCAUCAAAAGAUACAAUAAUUUAGAAGCCAAACAAAUGGUUACUAAACUCAAAAAAGUUGCUGCUAACAGAUCAUUUGAUCAUCGAAAGGCUGAUUGUUUUGCUUGUGCCAUACUAUCGCAUGGAAACCAUGUUGAUACUAAAUCUGAUGUCUUUGAAAAGAGAUGGGAUGAUGUUAUCUUUGGUGUGGAUGGAGUGUUGGUAUCCACUAAAUAUCUACUUGACCUCUUCAGUGAUGAUGCAUGUCCUGAACUCGCAGGAAAGCCAAGAUUGUUUUUCAUUCAGGCUUGCAGAGGCGAAAAAACUGACAGCGGUGUUAAAAAAAUAGUAUUAAAAGACAAAGUUUCUGUAGGUGAAGGAGAUAAUAAUAGUGCUGAAGAUAGCAAAUCAGAUGGUGUUGGUGAUCAGGGAGACAGUACUGUGGAGACUGAUGUAGUGGGGUCAAGACCUUUACAGCAUCUGCCGGAUCAUGAUAAACAGCUAGAACAGAUGGUUGCCACAAACGGAAGCAAACCUGCAUCUGACAGUGACACAAAUCAUCUUACUGAAGUGGAAGAUGACAGAUUGACGGACGGAGAUAAUUUUGACUCUGACAGUUCUUCCGAAAGCUCAAAAACGGAAGAUCAAACUGAUACCAUUGGGACUAAGGGGAAUGCAUCAGAAUUGGGUGCUAAAUUGGAGGAAAAGAAAAAACGUAAAGUUGUUACACUGGUUCCAGCACCCUUAUUCAAAGAUUUCCUGGUUAUGUAUGCCACAACACCAGGCCACUUUGCUUGGCGUCGGAAGACUGGAACGUGGUUUAUUAAGAGUCUUACAGAGGUGAUGAAGGUCAACAGAAACAAGAAUCUGGUGCAGACCUUGACCAAAGUUAGCAGAAAGGUCGCCCUGGAUUAUGAAUCGAACAUUCCAGAGAAUAAGAAGAUGCAUGCCAAGAAACAGGUUCCAUGCAUAAUGUCCAUGUUAACUAAAGAUAUUUAUUUUACCCAGAAAACAUAG